ACCUUCCCGUCGUAGUUAUCUUUGUGGUUUUGGAUCGUGAGAGAGACACACGCUGUGAAGGUAAGAUAAACACUUGUUUGAAAAGGAAACUUUAGGUCUUUUAUGGUAAAGGCAAUUUUGAUAUUUCACCUGCUCAUUUGAAAAUCUUCAUAAACUAUUUUAAUUUAAAAGUAAAAUAAUAAACUCGGUAGCCAAUAAUAAUAAUGAAAAAUGAUGGUGAUAUAAUAUGAUUUACUUUAACAAAAGUUGAUUGUUAUACUAAUAGAUGACUCUUGCCCUCCGACGUGCCUUUCGAAUCUAAAACUCAUCCUAAAAACUCUUUACUCUCCUAAAUUUUAUUCUAUUUUUGACCAUUUCCUAACCAUUUUUUUGUAUGUAUUUAAAAUCUUGAAUUUAAAAUCAUUCAGUUAGAUCAAAAUAGCCAUCCGAAACCACCUUUUUCACAGUGUCUACCCUUUCGAGACCUCCCUCUUUUUCCUUCUGUUUCGCCCAGUGUAGCCUCUCCGUCGAGACUAAACCCCUACUGCAGCGAACGACGACCAAAGAAAUACCCUUACAGCUCCUCUUCCGGUGCCAACCAGAUCUGCAGUCUAGUUUUGUUUCUUCAUUGAGCAACAACAUUAUACGGGCCUCUUUGUUUUCUCUUAUUUCGACUAUUUGGGCAUGUUCCAGCAAGUGCUCACAUCCAUUUUGUGGUUAUCAUAGAGUUCUGUAAUUCCAAAGAGAGCAAAAAUGUUACACGAACUUCUGCUUGCUCUACUGGGUUACACCGGCGAUCUGAUAAUCGAUGAAAGAGAGCAUUACAAUUCCCUAGGGUUAAAUAACUUACUUGUUGAUGCCCCCAUUUCUGGCGAACCCACGUUCAAGCUCGCCUCUGAUAUCUCCUUUCUUGAACCGAGCGAAAGGGAUCUAAUUCAGAGGAUCAUUGUGUUAGGAUUUUACUACAGAGAGCUUGACCGUUUUGCUACAAAGUCUAGGAAUUUGAGUUGGAUUCGUUCAGGUAAUGAGUCUUCUUUAGCCAUUUCGACGGAGUCGUCUAAAGAUAAAAUCGAAAACCCUAGUGUGUACAGGAGGGCCAUAGCCAAUGGCAUUGUAGAGAUACUGUCUAUUUAUAGAUCUGCUGUGCUUCAUGUGGAGCAGAAACUGUUGUCUGAAACAGUGCCAAUUUUGGCAAUAGUCACCCAGGGCCUCGAUAAGUUCUUUGUUCUUUUUCCACCUCUGCACCAGCUCAUUUGUGAGAUUGAGCGCGACGAUAUUCGAGGAGGCCAACUACUUAAUCUUCUACACAAACGUUGUCACUGUGGCGUGCCUGAAUUGCAAACUUGCAUUCAAAGGCUCCUUUGGCACGGUCAUCAGGUAAUGUACAAUCAACUAGCAUCAUGGAUGGUUUAUGGGCUUCUUCAAGAUAAGCAUGGAGAAUUUUUCAUCAGAAGGCAGGAUGACAGGGAGACUAAUCAAGGCUCAUCUGUACAAGAUAUGUCAGAGAAGUUAGGACGCUUGUCAACUGAUGAAUCUUUGACUGAUUGGCACUUGGGAUUUCACAUUUAUCUGGAUAUGCUUCCUGAUUAUAUCCAUAUGCGUGUUGCUGAAUCAAUUCUUUUUGCUGGUAAAGCCAUUAGGGUUCUUCGGAACCCAAGCAAUGCCUUCUGGUGUCAGGGUGCUGGAAAUCAAUCACAUUCAAAUAUGCCUAGAUUACCUUUGAAUGUUAAAGGAAAUGCAAGAAACUUUCCCCUCCAAAAGGAACCUUUUGUUGCCACGAAGUUGACUGGAGAAGAGUUGCUUCUUCAAUCUGAAGCAGAUAAGAUAGAAGCCAUGCUUUUAGAUCUUAAGGAAUCAUCCGAGUUUCACAAGAGAUCAUUUGAGUCGGCUGUUGAUUCCAUUAGGGCUAUUGCGGCUAGUCAUCUUUGGCAGCUUGUAGUAGUGCGUGCUGACCUCAAUGGCCACCUCAAGGCCCUAAAAGAUUAUUUCCUUUUAGCGAAAGGUGAUUUCUUCCAGUGUUUUCUUGAGGAAAGUCGUCAUUUGAUGCGCCUACCCCCUCGCCAAUCAACUGCUGAAGCUGAUCUUAUGAUCCCAUUCCAGUUGGCUGCAACAAAGACUACAAGUGAAGAAGACAGAUACUUUUCUAGAGUAUCAUUGCGGAUGCCAUCUUUUGGAGUCAAGGUCAAGUCUGCCCAAGGAGACCUGAAGGAAAAACCUAUCAUUGAUGGAAAUCCUGGCGGUGCUCUAUCAUCAAAUUUAUCAUUAGAUAUGUCUCCUGAUGGUUGGGAUGGUGUUUCUCUUGAAUACUAUAUUGAUUGGCCUCUGCAAUUAUUCUUUACUCAAGAAGUGCUCUCUAAGUAUUGUAGGGUCUUUCAAUACUUAUUGCGGCUGAAACGAACACAAAUGGAAUUGGAAAAAUCAUGGGCAUCCCUCAUGCACCAAGAUCAUGCCGAUUUUGCUAACAUUCGCAAUGCUCAAUUUGAUGGUUCAAUAUCUCUGCAGCGAAGACAACGUUUUAGACGGAUGUGGCGUGUAAGAGAACAUAUGGCAUUCUUGAUUAGAAAUCUUCAGUUUUAUAUCCAGGUCGAUGUGAUUGAAUCUCAAUGGAAUAUUUUGCAAGACCAUAUCCAAGAUUCUCAUGAUUUUACUGAGCUUGUGGGGUUUCACCAGGAGUACUUAUCGGCUUUAAUUUCACAGUCAUUCUUGGAUAUCGGUUCCGUUUCAAGAAUACUGGAUGGCAUAAUGAAGCUUUGCUUGCAGUUUUGUUGGAGUAUAGAAAAUCAAGACAGUAGUUCAGACCCUUCUGAACUGGAACACCUAACCGAGGAAUUCAACAAGAAAUCCAACUCCUUGUACACGAUUUUGCGAAGUAGCAGGCUGGUUGGGAGUCAGAGAGCUCCAUUCUUGAGACGUUUCUUGAUGCGUUUGAAUUUCAAUUCCUUCUUUGAGGCUACUGCACGAGGAGUACUCAACGUCGUUAGACCACGGCCCUCAGCACUUCCAGUACUAAAUCAACAAUAGCACCACUUUCAUGUUGGUGGUUCUCAUUGAAUUCAUGUCUCUCAUUUGUGGUAAUUUGCAGUGUUAAAUGGAAUGUAGAUUUGGAUAAAAGUAGAUAGGAGCAAAGAGCAUUCUAUCUUGAAUAGAAACAACUUUGAUUAAUUAGAUAUGUCUGGUUGAACCAUCACAAAUAGGAUGGAGUUUAGGUUUGAUUUUGUCUUCGUUUUUACUUCAAUAUUUAUUAACCAAGAUUGGAGAUGGGUGAAGAUAGCAAAUCUAUAGGGAAUGAGUUCUAUUUCUAUAUAUACAUACCCGAAUUAGUAAAAUGCUUAAUGUAAUUGAAUAUAUUUUUAUACA